AAUACAUGUUGUGCGCCAAAAACGAAAAAUGAGCAGCAAAGUUUUCACCCGCAUUCCUCAGAGGAACAGAAAGCCAAUAAACCAGCGAUACUCAAAAAGUGUUGUCAGUGUUCAUCCAGUGACAUUUGUUGUGGACUGGAGUAGUCCUGCAGUACCAUUGGCAAAGAAGUCAAAACCUGAACCUAACAGUGAAGUGACAGAUGAAGAAGAGAGUGAUAGUAGCCUUCCAUUCCCCACCCCAGUCUGUCCGUCUAAGUCUAGCAGUGGGUCUGUUAGACAUCCUACCAUACAUGAAGAGUUAACAGAUGAUGAUGAGGUUGAACAACAACAGGAGAUUUCCAGAUCUCAGAAUGGAAAUAGUGGCAAGAGGAGCAAACUACAGGUCCAAGGUAGACCAGCUGAAUCAGCAAGUGAGGCAGAUGAAUCGGCAGGUGAAGGCAGUGAAUCAGCAAGUGAGACUGGUGAAUCAGCAAGUGAGGCAGUUGAAUCAGUAAGCAAGGCAGUUAAAUCAGCAAAUGGGUUAAGAGAAUCAGCUGAAAAGAACAUGCUGGAAAACAAUGAGACUAGUGAAUCAGCAAGGGAAACUAAUGAUUCUGAGGUUGAUAGUGGACCAAGUUCUAAGAGCUUACCUGCAAGUUUGUAUCACAAAAAAUCUCACAGAAGAACAGAUGAUAAUGGGAAGUCAGGAACGUCUACCCAUGAAUCACCAUAUGUCUUCAGGAAAAGGCAGCGUUCUAGUUCUACAGCAGACAUGGUUAACAGGAAAAGUGGAUUAGGUGGGAAAGUUUCUGCUAACCAAGAUAAUAAUUUUGCACAUGCAGCAAGCAGAGACUGUGGAGUGAGAGGUGACGACGACGACGAUGACGAUGAUGAUGAUGAUGAUGCAGAAUCAAGUGGUGAUCAAGUGAAUGUUUCUGAUAAAGACCUACCAGGUGAAACAGAUGGAUCAGGACCUGAUAAAUUAGAUGUGCAUGGAGCAGGUGAAUUAAUUGUGGGAGCAGUAGAUGCUUUGGAUGUGCCUGAAGCAGAUGAACCAGAUGUGCCUGAAGCAGAUGAUCCAGAUGUGGCUGAAGCAGAUGAACCAGAUGUGCCUGAAGUCGAUGAACCAGAUGUGCCUAAAGCAGAUGAAUCAGAUGUACCUGAGGCAGAUGAACCAGAUGUGCCUGAGGCAGAUGAACCAGAUGUGUCUGAAGCAGAGGAAUCAGAUGUGCCUGAGGCAGAUGAACCAGAUGUGUCUGAAGCAGAGGAAUCAGAUGUGGCUGAGGCAGAUGAAUUAGAUGUACCUGAAGCAGAUAAAUCAGAUAUGCAUGAAGAUAGACCACAUAUUCCUGAAGCAAAUGAAUCAGAUAUGCAUAAAGCAGAUGGACCAGACAUUCCUGAAGAAUUAAAUGAAUCAGACAGUGAAUCAGAUGGUGCGCCUAAAAAAGGAAGCAGGACCACUAGAAGAUCUACAGUUUCCCAGGAUAUUCAGAAAUCAUCCAGAAAUAAUUCUCAGUUGCAAAGGGCUGUUGAGGUAAAUGUCGGGGAAAAUGUUUGCAUGCAAUCAAGAAAAAAAAGUCAAACACCUAGAAGAGAGAGUUUGAAAGGUCAAAAUACACUGGAUGAAUAUUUACAUAAAAAAACUGUAGAUAAUGUGAAUAAAACUUCUGCAAGGAAGAGAAAAACUCCAGCGAAAAGUCGUCCAUCCACAACUGUCUCCCAUGGAUCUGAUGAAGAGGCACACUCUAAACCUGAUCAAGAAAAUCCUCCUACACGAACAAAACGCAUCCGUCUUACAAAGCAAGUGCAGAAAACCCCGCAGUCGCACAGAAAGUCUGCUCCCAAAGAUUUGAGAAGAUUGCUGGUGAAGGGCUUAAAUUCCCCACAGUCUCAAUCUGUAGCAAAAUCAUCACUUGUGUCCGAAAGACAUCAAGAAGGCAGGCAAUCCAUUGUUGAACUUGACACAUCACUAUCUCUUACAGUGAACAACUCUACCCCACAGCCAAAAAAGGCAACACAGACCAAAGAAAAAAAGGCCAAGCAAACUGCAAAAUCUGCUAGUGUUAAAAAGAGGGAGAAAAGGAAGGCACCAGCUGAAGUCAACUCAAGUGCUGAUGACACAACACACAAUGAGAAUAUGGAGGAUGCUGAUAAUAUCAACAAUGAGAUGUCCCUGUACAUGUGGAUAGGUAAUGGUAACAGGAGGACUGGGGCUAGGUGUCUGGACUUGGAUGUUGUUCUCAGUAUGGUUGAGGAAACCGCUAAUGACUUAAGAGACACCCUAACUGUCCACGCCAAACGUACAGCCAUUGGCCGCUUCUUCAGAAGCUUUCGGCAAGAGAUGACAGAUGUGAUUGACUGUGUCAGUGAAAUUCAGCAUCAAGAUAAAAGAUUGAUGAAGAUGAAUAAAGAUGUGGCUAUGUUGAGAGAAGAUCUCAAAGAUGCAGAGAAUGAAAGUAAAACCAACAAGCGUGACCUUAUCAAAUUGCAGUCCAAGUUGAAGAACAGACAUUGUGCCAGUGAUAUCAAGGCUCGUCUGAGUGAAGCCAGAAAACAGCUUCAGAAAUUGAGACAGUCUGUUCCUGCUAAUUCCAAAACCUGAACAACACUGCAUAUAUGUACAAGCUGUAUUCAUGUCUGAUUCAGUUUACAGGGAGCAUUGUUGUAAAUAUGUAUAUGUAUUCUGUAUGUGUGGUAAAUAUAUCUCAUAAAAACAUGUUUUUUAUAUAUUCAUAUGUACAUUUUAGGCCAUACUUCUGACGUGCAUCUUUCUGUGCUGUAAUUGUCUUUCUUUUGUAAAAGCUUCAUAAGGCUAGAUAGUCCAAUAAGGAUAAAACAAAUUGUGUAUAUAAAUGUAUAAAAAAUAUCUGCCCACUAGUCUUCUGUUUUGUAGAGUGAUGAUCUUGUUACCAGACUUCCCGCUGAAAAGUGUUGUCUCCCCUUGAAUGUGUAAUUACGUACUUAUAUAGCACUGUACCUCAGAAAUCUUGUCAGUACAGGAAUGGGAAUGUCGUGUCGAGUUUUAUGUGAAGUGAAGCUUGUCCAUCUUUGUUUUGCAUGUGAAGUAUUUGAACUUAGAUCAAGGAACGUUGCACAGCUAAACUGCAUUGCUUGUUACGCUGUCAGGAAGGUUACUGUAAUAUCUGACUAAAAUUUACGUCCU